ACUCUCUUUAUAUCACUUUAUUGAAUCAUAAAAACAACACAAAAUCCCUUUCUUUCACUUUCUCUUGUCUUUUUCUCUAAACAAAAAAAAAACUCGUUGUUCAACAUUUUUCUGAAUUUUUUCACACACAAAAAAAAAAAUGGUUAAAUCUCGUAAACCUCCAAGUGGACGUACAAAUUUAGCUUCUUGUAUAGUUGCAACAAUUUUCUUAAUCUUCAUCUUCAUUAUCAUCUUCAUCCUUUACUUCACUCUUUUCAAACCUAAAUCCCCCAUUAUCACCGUUAACUCCAUUCAGCUUCCCUCUUUCUCCACCUCUAACGGCACCGUUAACUUCACCUUUUCUCAAUACGUCUCAAUCGAAAACCCAAAUCACGACGAGUUUGCUCACUACGACAGUUCUCUGCAGUUACUUUAUUCGGGUAAUCGAAUCGGGUUCAUGUUCGUACCCGCCGGAAAAAUUAACUCAGGUCGGACUCAGUAUAUGGCGGCGACGUUUUCGGUGAAGGCGUUUCCGUUAACGGUGAAUGGACAACCGGAGAGUGUGGGUGGGCCGACGGUGACGGAUGGGUUGAGUGGGUUUCGGGUCGGAUCUAGUAUGGAAGUGGAGUCGAGAUUGGAAAUGGCGGGUCGGGUUAGAGUGCUCCAUUUUUUUACACACCAUGUGGAGAGUAAAGCUGAAUGUAGAAUUGGUAUUUCUGUGAGUGAUGGAUCUGUUACAGCUUUCCACUGUUAGUUUUAUUUUAUUUUAACUCGGGAGAAUCCGCAACUGCUAUUCUUCAAAUGGAAAUGGAGUAGAUCGGCCCAAGUGUAAUAGCUCGCAAACGUAUUAGUUUUUAGUACUAAGUUUUAAUUUAUUUAUUUUUGGUUUAGUGUAUUUUUGUGUUUGGUGGUGAAUUUUCAGAGUGACUGUAAAAAAUGUUUGUUUUAUUAAUUUAGUACAUCAUUGUUGAAGAUAUUUUUGAUAA